UCUCUUUCGUGACAUUACUUUCCUUACAACUUUGUCCCUUUUCUUUCUCUUUCCUCCAUUGAAUCUCAUUAUAAGUAUCACCACACCUCAAAUUUUCACAACCAAAAUAACCCAGAAAACCCAAAAAAAAAAAAAAAUAAAUAAAAAACACCAUGGAAGAAUAUAGAUGGAAUUAUCAUGUACCAGAAUUUGGAAGAUGGGAUUAUGAAGAUGACAAUAUGGCUUAUACACAGUAUUUUGAAACUGCUAGAACACGCCCUAAUUUUACUUCUUUUGCUACUCAUGCUCAAGACACUGAUUUGUAUGUUACUGGUGAUUUAUACCAAAAUGACGUCGUUACUCCUGCUGUUAUCCUUGUUCCUCGUAGCUCUCAGAGAAAAGGAAAUUCAAGAUACUCAAAUGUCAAUGGAGUAAAAAAACAGCAACAAAUAAAGCAAAAGCAAGAAUGGGGAGGAUAUUCAUAUGACAUAAAGGAACCUCCAAGUCCAAUUAUUUCUCCUUCAAAACCAUCUACUUACAAUUCUAAGGCUAUUGAUGAAGAUUUGUACAAAAUUCCUCCUGAAUAUCUCCAUGUCAAAUCUAAAAGGAAGAAAAGACUAGGGCUCUUUUCAAGCUGUUUGCUGCCUGCUUGUGCUUAAUCUUUGUAUUAAGAGAUAAAAGAUGGCUAAUAAACAUAAUAUAGACUUACGAGCCUACGUAAUAGGAAGAGAUCUAAAAAUAUUUGGCUGCAUAUUAUUUUGGAUGUUUUUCUCUAUGAAUAUAUGGGUUGUAAUAUAUUCUUCCAAUAGGCUUUUGUAUAAAGGAAAAAACAGUUGAAGAGAAUGAAAUUUUAAUGAAAAUUUUUGUGAAAGACGGUUUCUCUAAGAGAUCAUUUUAAUUUGGUAAACCCAUUAUCAUCUUUUACUUGUUUUAAUGGGCUGGGUCUGAGAAACGUUUUUUAGGAGACCGAUUGAAUUUUAAAGCUGCUUUUGUUUAUGUAAAAAGAUAAUUAUCUUAUCAAAGGGAGAAUUUAAUUUGUAUGACUCAUAACUAAGAUCAAAUUUACAAAUUCAAGAGGUGAAUAUUCAGAUAUAUUUUCAAAAUCUUUCAAAGAACAUUAAACGAAAGUCGAAUUCGUAUUA